GGCUAUCGCCUCUCUCAUAUUUUCCAAUUUCCCCUUUGCAGAAUCUGUCUGGAAGCCGAGAAAAUUACUCUGUUUUCUUUUUCUUUUUCUUUUUCCAUUGGAGAAAUCAACAAGAAUGGAAGUUCCUGUUCUGAACAGGAUUACGGAAAUAGGAGCAGAUCUGAGCUCGCUUCCAAACCCCAAAUUUCUCUCUCGAAUUUUCACUUCCUUUUCCCCAUCUCAACAUUUCUGGAAAUGGGGUGCUCUGAUUAUUGCUUUGUUGGCCACAUUUACCGGUAUUAUCAAUCGGGUCAAGAUUUUGAUCAUCGUCAUUCGCCGGAGAACUCGAACCACUUCGAUUUCUGAACCUCUCUACCGAUCUCUCCACGGCGGAGAGACCGGUGGUUUAGUUUCAGAGAAUCUCAAAUCUCCCCUGCUUUCAAGCUCUGAAUCGGAGGAUGAGAAUGAGGGGGACCGGAAACAGGACGACAGCUCGGAUUUCCGGGUUAAAGGCUCAGGACGGUUUUCAGGUGAAUUUGACGGUCGCUGUUGUUCUCGUCUCCGGCGGCGGCACUGCGACGGAGGAGGCGAUGGAGAUUUGUUUUCGUGGCCAUGUUUUGGGUCAGACGGGAGCGUAGUGAGGCAGUGGGGUGAUGUGAAAUUGAAAUGCGAGUUUGAGGAGUUGAGUGGAAGCGUGAUUUCGUUGUACGAUGAGAAUGAAGAGACGGAGAUCUGCUCUAUUUUUAACGGCGGAACUCCGCUGCAAGCGGCGGCGUUAUCGCCGAGGAAAAUGGUGGUCGCCGCCAGUGAGGGCGUUUCGGCGAAUGUAUCACUGAAGCUUUGGGACAUGCGUGGCCGGAGCCGGAGGCCGGUGGUGGCAGCGGAGUGGGAUUCGCCGUCGGGAAAAAUUGUCGACGUCUAUUACGAGGAUGUAGAAAAUGUGUAUCUUAGAGAUAAAGGAGCCGCCGGAAUAAUGGUCGGCGAUGUUAGAAAAGUUAGUUCAGCGUCGGGGAAUUCACCGGUGGGCAGCGGUGACGGCUUGUGGGAGUCGGGACACUAACGCCGUUUAUAGUUUUGUGAGAGAAAUUUGGUGGUAACGACGGUGAACGGGACGGUGGGCUCGAUUGCACUUUUGUAUAUAUUGAAUUUGUUUGAAUUUUCGAGCAAUAAAAUUUUUUAUUUUAGUUUCA